AAACAAUGGAGGAGCUGAGGAGUUAGUGUCUGCUCAAUGAACUCAACAGUUGGAUUCGUUUUACUACCGAAGUUAUAACUUAAAGGCUUUGAAUCUAAUUAUUACAAUUAAGGUGGUGUCUUUCUGGUGUGAAGUGUAUCGGUGUUUGUUUAAUUAUGCACCACAGUUCAAAAGACCCCAGAUUCUGUUUGUGUUCAUUUUUAAUGCUUUUAACAAAAUGGACACACAGGUGCAGAGUUAGAUCCCAGCAACAUAAAGAAUUGGAGGUAAUGCACAGAAGGCCCUGUUACCAACCCAGUAAAACUGGGUGGUCCGAAUGUAAUGCAUGAAAUGAAAUUAAAUGCUGGUACAUUAAUAUAUGGCUAAUUGGUUAUUUUCUCUUUGCAGCAGGGCAGACCUUUUGGGGCUGCUCAGCCAAUGAGAGAAUAAUUUAUGUAUGUUUGAUAUCAAUUACCCAAUUAACUAAUUAUCAGGUGAUGGAUUACUCUUAGGUCCGUAUAUUACAACUUAUUAACGUCAAUUUGGUUUUACUGUAACUGUACAGUGCUAAAUAUGUCAUAUUAGUGUCUCCCGUAUAUAUAGCAUAAACAUUGCGUGUGCAUUUUUUUAAAUACUGUAUUCUAAUAUGUAGAUGUUCCUUAGUGUAUUGAUAUCUAAUACUCUAUUCCAGUUUACAUCAUUCAUACGUGGGCUAUAUUAAAAUCAAAUUUAAAUUUAAAUUGAAAAAUUGUUUCCGGGACCAGUAUCUGAUCUUAGAUCGGCAGUCUACACCCCCCAUUAUAUGGUCUCCGCAUCAGGUGAACGAUUUUUAAAAAAAAUUUUUUUUUUAAUAAUCGAUUAUUAUUUAGACUUUAGAUGCGUCGCUUUGGGCUGAGCAUCAUUUCCCACACCACAGAAAAAUGUUUUAGCUCAUAGAAAAAACUUCAAACGCUCUUAGUCGAACUCAUAAACAAUAAUUAAUUCAAGCAAUAUCUAUCGAGGAUAACUGUUUACUGCAGUACAUGCAAUACAUGGAUGUUCAAAUAAUAACAGGGUCUGUUUUAUUGGAAAAAUAUGCACGUUUGAUAUUUUUUGUGAAAGGUUAAUCUUUAAUCCUAGUUCUGAAAUUAUUUUGCCCACCUUUCCCAUGUGUUUGGCGCCAUUAGUAAUUUGUUUUGAAGAAUGGCCAAUUUUUGACACACUGUCCAGUGCAAGGUCUGAUGAGCAGCUCAUUUUAUGCUAGUUCACUUAGCGUUUUGUCCUAGGAAAUAUUUCGAACGACGUUAAAACGUAUUCAGCCCCAAUGUACUUUAUUCAAGACUGUUUCAAGACUUAGAACAUAUUGUUGCAAGAUUUUAAAACGUGUAAUAUGUGUAAUGAGUGCACCACACGAUUGUAUGCCUGAUAUGUAAAAUUACUUUAAAAUUACUCAUACCACGUCCAGUUUGAAUUUACAGAAAACAUGCAAUGCCUUGGGCGACAUUAGCAGUCCGACCAAAUUACCUUACACUAUUUUCUAGAAAUCUUAGACCACUUUGAAAAGAACAUUGUAGCGCGCGGAAGUAGCUUAUAUAAUAAACUCAACAAAAUUUUCCAUAUGCAUUCAUUGACGAAUUUUACCACGCGCAAGUCACUUGUAAAAUAUUUCGUCUGUUUAAAUAUGAUCUAAUUAACGCUAUUGUUUAGACUACAAACUAAGUGAAAAUGGAGACCGCUGAAACACUAUGAAAAAUUGAGAAAUUUUUAAUUUUUAAUAUUCAAUAUUUAAUUUGACGGAGGCAUCUCGGGAAUCGAUUGAAUGAUGUUUAAAAGGUCAGUCUGUGUCUUGUUCUUUGUUUGUAGCUACUGGUUUAAAAACUGUAUAUUUAAAUGGAGGUUUUCAGAAUAUAAUCUUUUCCCGUUAGCCAAUGAACUAUAAUGAAUCACUGCAAUGAUAAAAUUGCGCGUCUGAUAAUGGCACCACUAAUGGGUUUGACGCCUACAUGCUAUACCUGCAGUUUAACAUCAAGGCUUGUCAAGGUGCGCCCUUAGACUUUUGUCACUGGCAUAUGUGACUUGGAUUUGUAUUACGUGCGGUUUUACUGAAUCAUUAUAUAACCAAGUUAGGAUGUCUGACCGUUCUUUUUAGGGCAAAAAUGCUUGAAGCGGUACGGGUAUAACACAUAGCCGUACAGCCAAAGAAAAUGAAAUAAUAUUAACAAUCAAAAAAGCAAUCAGUCAAAUAAAUCGGGAAAAUAUAAGUAAUCGAGAGGAUUAAUAUAAAAGUCGGAGUGGAUAAACGUGAAAGCUAGCUAAUAACAAAAUACAUGACUAUAUUGUCCAUUUAUAUGAAUAAACAUCACUGGUGUGUUUCACUUUUAUCAUGUGCAAAUGUUUUUUUUUUUUACUAAUUCCUUACUGGCAGGAUGUAUGAACGCGUUUGUGUAUUGCGGGUGUGCGCGAGGUGGAUUAGCUAGUUGUCUGCUCCUGCCCGCGGCUGCCAAGUCAGAAGUGCGUCCAUUUUAUACAUCGGUAAUUUUACCCACGGCUUCACAAAAUAUUUAAAAAGUAAAUUGCAUUAAUAAAAAUAUCCUGUUUUGUUUUUUUAAAACUGCUUGGACCUUAGAGAAGCAUCAUUUUUAACUAAUCGUGAGACGUUAUACUAUAAUAAUCUCUCACUUGUAAAUAAAACAAUUUAGUCUUGAAUUCUUCUUAUUGUUUUAUUUGCCUAUUUAUCUAUUUUAAUGAGGUUGUAUGAUUAGGUUAAUACUUGUGGAGAGAAUACUUGGCCUCAUUGGGAUGUCCAGUCUAAAGUGACGAGCCUCCGUGUUCUUACUUUGAAACUUAACCGGUCCUUCUUUUUUUCUGAUGCAGCGUCUGGAAGUCAAAGAGCGGCCAGAUUUGGCACUGCAUGCGCGGCAGAUUUCAAAGCAUUUUCUGUAGUUUUUUUUUUUUUUUUGAAACGGAGUCUUGCAGCGAACGCAUGCGUGUCCCUUUUAAAACAAACCCUAGCCUCCAUCAAUCAUACAGGACUCCAGCCAAUCCCAAAGCGCUCUAUUUUAAAAGCGGUUCUGCCUGCUGUGCUUUUAUAUUGCACCACGGCCUGUUUCGGCCAGUUUUACUACCAUGCUUGCUUCCACAAAUCAGGAGAGCAAAGUGAACGGCAUGAGGCACAUACCAACUUUUUUUUUAACUUACUACAUCUUGUUCAGCUUGCGAAUUUCACACGCAGAUAAUAUAUAGUGGGGAUAAAGGGAUGGGAACUGCUAGGUAAAUUCUUAACAUAAGAUGGUUGUUUUUUCCAGUUUCACAGCCAAACUAACAACAAAACAUGUCAUGCCUGUCGAGGUUUAGUGGCUGCCCUCUCUCUCACUUGUACCCUGGGGAGAGCAAUACUGAAGCCAGCGUGUGGCUGCCACCUUUGGCAGUGGAGCUCACAGGACACCCCACUGGUACUUCCUUAAAACUCUGCCCCGCACAAAAUUUACGAGACGAUCCUGAGGCAAGAUACAGUGUGUAUCUUGACUAUUUGGGUCCUCGAUCUUCACACUCUGGAUUCGCUAGACGCCGCCUGCACCGCGGCUCUAAGGGUAUUAGCGGUGGACCAGAUCUUUCUGGAACAACCAUGUCACCAGUCACUGACCAACUUGCACCAAGAGCUACCCAACAUAGCACCAGUGGAAGGUACCGUGACCUCCCCAGCUCUAGAGAAGGCGGGGGCCAUGCAUUUUUCACGGCUUACCAAGAACAGGCCCACGGCUCCUCAGACUCGACUCGGAAGCUCGGCGGUCAAAUAAUGGUGGCUGUACCCGGGGACCUUCUCUCGAGAACGCAGCCGUACAGCCAAACCCUGAGCGCCUCAGGGGGUCACGGUCAGCAGUUUGUCACCCAGUUCCUGAGUCUCUACAAGCCUCUCAAUAUGGCCAUCCAUGGAGGAAGUGACUCUCUUCUAAGGUACUCCAGGCAGAACCCAAAGCGUGACUUGGUCUGCAGGUGGAGUGGCGGCCAACGGGGGGCUGGGAAGAGCCCCUGCAUGAGGACCUUCGCCAGUAUGUAUGAACUGGUGACACAUGUGACUGUGGAGCACGUUGGAGGACAUGACCAGUCUGAGUACAUUUGCCACUGGGAGAGCUGCUGUAGGUCAGGAAAGCCCUUCAAGGCCAAGUACAAACUGGUGAAUCACGUCAGAGUCCACACUGGAGAGAAGCCUUUCCCGUGUCCCUUUCAUGGCUGCGAGAAAGUGUUUGCCAGGUCAGAAAACCUCAAGAUCCACAAGAGAACACACACAGGUGAAAAACCCUUUAAAUGUGGGUUUGAUGGCUGCAGUCGGAGAUUUGCUAACAGCAGUGACCGGAAGAAGCAUUCCCAUGUGCACUCCAGUGAUAAACCCUAUAUGUGUAAAGUCAGAGGGUGUGAGAAGCGUUACACCCAUCCAAGCUCACUCCGCAAGCACAUGAAGCUGCAUUUCAAGGGUUUCAUGGCCAAAAGUGAUGAGGGGAGUGGGGAAGACGGGGAGCACCUUCACAAGGUCAGGCUGUCCCGCGAAGCGGAUCGCCGAGGCGCUUCCUCUUCUGAAGUUGCCUCGUCCAGUUCACGGUCCUUGCGAGGUUCGGUAUCACCCGAAACAAGAAAUGGGCCAAGUUUCUAUACACUCGACCGAAGCCUAGGGUAUUCUGCAGAAAGGUCUCAGCCCCUGUUGGACCCAGUGCUGCUGCAGAGAGGCGAUUAUAGGACUGAUUCGGGUCAAUAUAGCACCAGCCAUCCGUCCCACGUCGGUGCCCAGAGUAACAGGACUUUUCAUGGGCCCGCUUUCCAAAAAAGUAUCGCAAACGGAUGGUACACUUGUCAUAAUGGACCAGCGGCCGUCUUAAAGCAGUGUAACGAUGAUGUGUAGAACUUCAGUAUGAUACUCUUUGUUUGGACCAUUGUUUCGAAAUGUACGAAAGUGCAGCAUGUAAAGCUUGACAGAGUAAUAAAAUGGGCGCUUUCCUUUUUAGCGAUGUCCUUAUUUAAUCUUUGCUUUUUAAUGUGACUUAAUAAUGUCGUGCAAUCGGAGACUGACAAGCUUUAAAUUAUGCGUAUUACUCUGUUUUUGACUCAUAGUGAGGCGUUUGUGAAGGUUCAUGACCGUCUUUUAACCCCGUUCCUCUCAUAUGCAAAAAUAUAACACCUUCGUUUCUCUUUGGCUUUUAGAUUUUCUGAACUCGUUUGCAGUGUAAUACUUGUUAAUGUCUUUAACAUUUAGCUUUUAUAGGCUACUUGAAUUAUAAAUUACUAUAAUAGGCAACAUUUUUUCCUGCAAGAGUAAGGAUGUUUGUUGAAGACAUACCACAGGCACGUGUGACCGAAGGGUCUGUAUUCCAGUUUUAAUAUGGACCGAUAUUAAUUGGACCAAUAUUAAGGCGGCUUAAUAUUGGAAGAAUGGGUUACUUUAACAUUUAAAACGGGGUUGUCUUCAUUUUUUAUGGGAAAAACAUGCCGAGUCCUAUGUAAAAUGUAACUCGUGAAGAGUGAAAUCCAGAUGUCAUAUUGUGUGUAAUUUAAUUCAGAAUACUGUACUGAAAUCCACAAUAAACUGAGCUGUUGGAAGCGUUCCUGCGUAUUUCAUAUUUCGGUGUUUAUAUUUUUAAAGCACUGUUACCUGUUGAAGUACGUAUGCAUCUGUUUGCACGGUGCGUGUCAUUGUUAUACUGAAGUUCGAUCUGUACGGGUUUCUCCUGUGAUCUCUGACUAGUGCGAGCACGCAAGCGUCUUGGACGCGCAAGCAUUCGCUUGGAAUAUAUAGGUAUGUGUGGAGGAGGCGGGUGGAUGUUAGUGUGUAGUAAGUUGUCUCACACGCUCCUCUGUGUCCCGCCAUCUUCAUCCCGUUUGUUUGUAUCGAUAUGUAUAGUGUAUUUGACUAAAAUGUAGCUGCGGUCUUCAUAGUAAGAACUGAUAUUUAAUAUACUGUAUAUACUGUCCUAUUAAUUAUGCAUGUAAUAUUUCAUUAAAGUAUCUGCAUUCUCUUUGAUCAGAC